CUUAAGUCUUUAUCUCAGUGUGAAAGAUCAAACUUUGAACAUAUCAAUCGGAUAAAAUUUGCUCGAUGCUCGAAAUUUUCUAGUAAAUUGAUUUUCAAAUGAAUGAAGACAAAAAAGAAUCUAAAUCAAUGAGGAUAAAAGUUCGUAAAUGUUAAUAUAUUUUCCAUCUAUUGAAAUAAUAUUAUUCAUAAACUCUUUGAAUAUUAUGAAAGCUCGAACAUUGGAUCGUUAAUACUUUUAAAAUUCGUUUGCGUCUUCGUCAAUUUCGUAAAGCUUUUGCUCGAAAAUUGUUUUGAAUUGAAUUUAUGAUUGAUACUCAUGUGAAGCUUCAUAAAUGUACCAAUGAGCGAUUCUUUUAUUGGAGUAUUCAAAGUCUUUGGAAGGCGUAAGAACACUUUCCAGGAAGGAAGUGACAUUAAGAUGACUCGAAAUCUUUUCAUCAUUGACAUAACGUGUCUUGGAUUAUCAACCACCAUUGGAACCGGUAUAUUCACUUUGCUUGCUCAUGCUGCUAAACAUGAAACUGGACCUUCAGUUGUCCUUAGUUUCCUGAUUGCCGCAGUGGCCUCGUGUCUCGGAGGUCUUUGCUAUUCUGAGCUUUCAAGCAGAUUCCCUGAAGGUGGUCCAAGUUAUGUUUAUCUCUAUGCUACUCUCGGUGAGAUAUGGGCUUUUUUCAUUGGAUGGUCCAUGAUAUUUGAAUAUUCAAUAGCCAGUUCUCUAGCAGCUAAAUCAUUAACUUCAUACCUUAAUAAUAUAACUAAUGGAACACUGACCAAUAUUUUUCACAUACAAACUUCAUCUUUCUCAAUUUUACCUGGAUUCGAGGGUCACUCUCUUGACCUUUCCUCUGCAAUUAUAAUCAUCUCCGCUGGAGCCUUACUUUACUUAGAUUUGAAGUUAUCCUGUCUAAUAAACAAUGUUUUGGUCUUCGUUUGUUCAAUGGUCAUCGCUGGUAUUGUUAUGGUCGCACUGUCUGAUAUGGACCCUGAAAACUGGACUGCAGGGGCUGGAUUUUUCCCCAACGGUGUCAAUGGGAUUUUCUCGGCUGCCUCAUUGUGUUUUUUUGCGUUCCAUGGAUAUGAUAUAAUCGCGAGUAUAGCCGGAGAAACCUCACAUCGUAUUCGUAUUGUGCCUGUUGGUAUUAGUUUAGCUUUUCUACUUGGACUUGUGGCCUGUUUUUCCUCUUCGGUUGCAAUAACCCUACUCGUUCCCUAUUCGUUAAUGAAUGAUAAUGCGCCAAUUAUACAGACAUUCACAAUUCGUGGGUAUGAUUCAAUGAAGUAUCUUGUCAUCAUCGGAGCAACAAGUGGUCUCUAUGCAUCAAUCAUCGCCACUCUAUUGGGUCUCUCUCGUUUAAUAUUCACCAUGUCCUCGGAUGGUUUACUUCCGGGUAAACUGUCAGCAUACAAUUCAACCAAAGGAACCACAACCAUUGCCACUCUUUUCGCCCUCCUAUUAUCAUCCAUCGUUGCCUUAACGGUUCAAAGUUCAACCCUAUUCCUAUGGCUUGGAAUGGGCUCCCUGUUAUCUUACAUGUUUGUCUCCAUAGCGAUUCUAUCACUUCGCUACGGUUUAUCUGAGCAACUUGCAAUUGAAUCAAGUGAACUAAUCAACAGCGAUUCUGUCAACGAUUCAUCAGCAUUAUCAUCAGCAUCAAUUUCACCAGCGACAACAGCCUUGACCAUGGCUACUGAGACUAAUCAUUUAAACCAAUGUCUCGAAUGUUCAAAUCAUCAUCAUCAACUUAAUUCCAACUAUUACAAUGGAUCAUCUAUUGAUUUAAUUAAUCGACAGUUAAUGAUUAAAAAUUAUCAAACUUGUUCAUCAAUUAAUAGAGGGAAAAUGUCUCGUGCUAACGAUAAUCAUGAAAAGCAACUUUCUCAUCCUCAUAACCUUUUACCUCGUUCAUUUAGUGAUUGUUUAAUUACUCAUCGUGCUUUUACCUGUGAUACCAAUAAAUGUGACCUUUGUAUGGGUCGACCUUGCCUCAAGCCGAAUCGAACCUUCAUCAAAGGAGCCAAAAUGUAUGGAACUACGGAUAAACCUAAAGAAAUGACCGUUAACUUAUUAUCUGAGAAUAAGUUUAUCACAUCGAUACCAAAUGAAGUAAAUUUAUCAGAAUCAAGGUCACUUGUUGCACAAGAAUCUACAGGAUUAGGAAUUAGUGUUGAUGAUAAUACUACCACCAAGAAUAACCAUAAGGAGUAUGAUAACUCACCUAAUGAAAAAAGUGCUCAAAAAGUUUCUGUUCUUUUAUCAAUAACCAUGGGACUCAUGUUAUUAAUGGGAACACUAACUGUUCAUAUUACCAAAUAUUUACCUCCCGGAGCUGAUUUGUGGAUUGAAUUAAUUGUUACUAGUUUAUUUACUCUAAUUGUGGUCCUGGUUAUUUUAAUUAUCAGGCAACCAAAACAUGAUUCAAAUUCACGUAAUUCAAUUCCCUGUGUACCUUUGCUACCGAUAUGUGCCAUUUGGAUGGAUGUACAUUUGAUUGUUUGCCUUCCCAGUUCAUCUUGGAUCGCAUUUCUUAUAUGGUCAUUCAUAGGAAUUUUCGUUUACAUGGGAUAUAGUGUUUGGCAUAGCCAUGAAUCUGAUGAAGAUGAAGAUGAAGAUAAUUCACUUGGAAUCCAUGGGUUAAGCCUUAAUGUUGCCAUUGAUGAGGAAAAUGAUGAGAUAGUCCAUUGCCUGGAAGAUAUUACCGAUGGAUCAUCUGUUUAAUAUUACAAAUCAACAACAAUCAAAUGGUUAAUCAUACAUAUCUAUUAAUAAAAACUAGAGUUGAAAUCGUUGACUAUUUGAAUGUUAAGCCAUAAGGAUAACAAAUAAUAAUAAUACAAAUUGGUAAUGACAACAGCAAUCGAUACAAGGAAACAUAAACAAUUGAUGUAACAAUUUUUGUUUCUACAACUUAAUGACUGUACAUUCAUUCAUACUAAUGGACCAAAAUCAAUGUUAAUUUGUUAAUGUAAUUUGAAACAAUAAUAAUAACAAUCAACAAGCGAAUGCCAUUGAUUUGUUUCAUUUUCGCGACACUUUUCGAGUUUGUAACUAUUACAAAACU